AUGGAUAUCGACAAGUUUCAUUUGUCGUUAGUCUCAGGUGGUAAACCAUCUCUGGCAAGGAACGUUGACACACCAGACUCCAAGAAGAAUUCCACUCUCCUGUCUGAUGACCUUACCCAUUAUGUGAUCCCAUUCAAUAAUCAGAUUAAGAUAUACUCCACAGAAACUAAACAUUGUGUGAAGACAAUCAAGUUUCCUAACCACGAAGUCUUGAACACUGUCUUCAUGAAUGAUGAUGUCAAAAUUGUGCACUUUGCCUUCGGAGACAUGACAAAGACUAAUGAUACUAUCGAUAACGAAUUACUCUCUAUUGUUACGAACACUGGCUCUCUAUUAGUUCUCAACUUGAAAGGUAAACUAGUGGAAGACCCAAAGCAUCUUAACAUAAGUGCAAAGUUAAACGAUCCGAAGGAAAGUAUUUCAAAGAUACUAUUUGGUGAAGCAACACAACAGAUAAAAUUGAUCACAUCUAAGGUUAACAGCGACAACACACUUGCUUAUUACUUAUACGAUUGUUCGUUUGAGGACAAUAUAUCAUUGACAUGCACACAUGAGUUACAAAAUGUGCAAAAUAUAUCUUGGUCCAACAACAAUCUGUAUUUAUCCUAUUUGGUCGAACAACCAAAGUCAGAAGGAUCUAGCAAAACUGAGAAGAUAUUCAAGUGUAUUUCUAUUUUCGAUGAUAGUUUAAACCAAGAGUUUGAUCUUUCAAUUAUUUUACCAUCAACUACUGUAUCGCAGUCCAGUAACUCUAAAACUGUAUCGACCAUUGCUAUUGAUAACAAUGGUAUACAGUUAGCUGUGGGUUUCUUUUCUGGUGUCAUUACUAUAGUCGAUUUAGCAGAUCUACAAACCAGACUACUCAAAUGGCACAUAGAUUCUGUCUUGUCCCUAACGUUUACUGAUGAUGGAUCUUACUUACUUUCAGGUGGUUGGGAAAAAGUGCUCAGCUUUUGGCAGUUAGCCACCAAUAUGCAACAGUUCUUGCCCAGAUUGAACGGUGUUAUUGUUGAUAUUGAUACCAUCGGAAAUGGUAAGUUCUACUCCUUGACUCUACAAUUGACGGAAAAUGUUACAUCUGCAGACUAUCAAAUACUGCUACUAAAUGCUGCAGACCUGACCUCUGUCCUUUCAAUAACAGGCCCUUUGGCAGUUUUCUCAAGUGAAACCAAAAAUAGUAAACAACCAUUAUCCUCGAUGAAUACAAAAACAUCAGAGUCUGUUUCAUCAUCAGUUGUGUCAAAGAAGAAACUAAAGAAGAAACUACUGAAAAACAAAAGGCAAGACUUCACUGUUCCUGCUUGUAUCAAUCCUGUAUCUAAGCAAAUCUAUUUUCCACACAUGUCAGCAAUUCAGGUUUACGACUUUUAUAAGAAUGAACCUAUUGCAUAUCAAUACGUGACUUCAGCUGUUGCUGGUGCGAUGGGUAAGGUUAGAACCGAACUAAACAUCCAAGAGCCUCUUAUCACUGAGGUCCAAUUUACCAAAGAUGGUAAAUGGAUGAUCACACAAGAGACAGAAUUUCCUCCUGAGGAUCUUCCAUCAUCUAAAGAUCUAAAUUACAUACUUAAAUUUUGGAAUAAAGAAUCUGGUGAAGGAGACUGGCAACUGAAAACUAAGGUUUUAAAUCCCCAUGGUCUAGCUGUUCCUAUUACCAAGAUUUUGGUUGCGCCAUCAUGUAUUAACAAUUCCGAAGGUUGCUUGACUGCCGACAAUAAUGGCGGAUUAAAGUACUGGUCAUUUGAAAAGCAUGAGAAAAACUGGUGUUUAACAAAAGUGUCCCUACCAAAUUUCAAUCAUUUUAGUAAUUCUGUAUCUUUGGCAUGGUCCUCAGAUGGUAGUUUAAUAUUCCAUGGAUUUGAUGAUAAGCUUCAAGUGAUAGAAUUUGAUACAUUAAGGAAAUUCGAAUCAUCAUUCAGCGAAUUGACAUUUGAUUUUGAAAUACAAGCUUUACUAUUAUCAAAUGACAAGACUUUAGUUGUUGCUACCAAAACUACAUUAUAUGCAUUUGAUAUUCUAGCAGGUGCUAUAACUCACUCAUACGAUCUUUUCCCAUACAUCGAUGGCGUGUACAAGAACACUAACAUUUCAAGACUGCUUGCUUGUAAUAGCAAGAGUGGUCAAAUUGCUUUAGUUGUUAACCAACAAGUCGAAGAUGAAUCCAAUAACAAAACACUUAACUAUAAAUCAAGUAUAAUAAUAUUUUCCGCUGACCUUUCGGAAAGAGUCGGCUCCUAUAGCCAUGAUGAGUACAUUUCUUGUAUUGAGUGGAAUUAUGAAAGUGAUUUUAUCUUCAUGGAUAUACAAUCAAGAUUAGGUGUUGUUGGUGCUACAGUUAGUACAGAAAUGUCUGAUGAGGUCAAUAAUGAAGGUGUCUUCGACGGCCUAUAUCACGAAAGUGGUAAUAGUUUCCAUGAAGAACUUAAAAAAUUAUCUUCUCAAAAAGUGGAAGCUGAAAAUGUUGAUACUGAAGAUAAGAACGAUGUAGACUUAGAAUUCAUUAAUGGUAAUUUCGCUAACAAGGCUAUCAAUAUGAACAGUUUCACAAGCAUGAUGGACAAUAUACAGAAUAUUCAAAUGGAAAGUUUGUUUGAUCGUGUCAUGAAGGUCCUGAAAUAA